AUGAAGCUGCCUGUAUUAUUUCUUGUGCCAGUGGUCUUACUUUUGUCGCACAAUUCAUCUGCUAAACAGAUUAGAAGGCAUAUCUAUGGACCUUUAAAAGUUGGAGAAUAUUGUCAGAAAGGCUACUUUGAAAUUGCUAAGGGCUGGUUGGAGGAAAGGUACUGCAAGAAAUGCAGAAGAGGAUAUGAAAAUAAUGAUACAGAACAUUCUAAUACAUGUACCAAAAUCCAAGCGAAAUCGAGCACACAAUCGCCAAAAGAAAAGUACAUCACUGAAGAACAAAAAUUCAUUAAAGAGCAAAAUCGUAAUGUUUCCACUUCGACGUCAACACCAACAACAAAAGUGUACAAGCAAACGAAGAAAGUUCCACCAUCCCCAAUAACACAAACAAUGACACCCAGAGGAGUUAGUCAUGAAGUUGAAAACCACGAAUUUGGAGAAAAAAACGACACCAAGAACAAUGAAAGAGCUUCUACAAAGGAAAUUGACAUUGUAUGCAAAGCCCAAGCCUCUGAUUAUACUCCCUACAUUUGCUCUAUUGUGAUUGUGUCAAGCAUAGCUGUGGCAGGGUUUGUCGUUAUAUUUUGCAUGUACUGGAGGAGUAAGAAGUAAAAGAACAAAUAUCUUUUUAAUUUUUCAUUGUUAUACAUUCAUCAGUGUGAAAGCCAAUACAGUAUUUAUUGAACACCGCACUUUAAAAUCAAAGCCAUAUAACUGUGUAGUUUAUAUUCUAAUUAACAUUAAUAAAAAAGCAAAUCACAAAUAGAAUGGACAAUCUUCUAUUUAUUUUUUCAUUUUAAAUUUGACUUAAAUGGUCACCUAACCAGAGUGCAAUAAAUUUGAUACGAAAUGUUGAACCGUUUAUAUUCCAUGCCUU